CAUCGCACGAAAACCGUUCCCAACCCUAAUCUAAAGUCAUGUUUUUUUUCUCUCAGUAUGUAUGCAGGAGGCCGUGGCUGACAUUGUGUUCCUGGUUGACGGCUCGUUCAGCAUCGGGCUGGAAAACUUUCAAACAAUUCGUGAAUUCCUUUCCUCACUAGUUAGCAUCUUCGAAGUCGCCCCCGACAAAGUGCGCCUCGGUCUGGUCCAGUACAGCAACACACCUCGCACAGAGUUUUUACUCAAUGCUUACCAGAACAAAGAGGACAUUCUCAACUACAUCAAGAAUUUGCGUUAUAAAACCGGCGGCACUCAUACUGGCCUGGGUUUGGAGUUCCUGCUAAACAAUCUUUUCGUCCCGGAGGCCGGAAGUCGCACACAGGCCAACGUUCCUCAGAUUGCCAUCGUCAUCACGGAUGGAAACUCGCAGGAUGAGGUGGAACUGCACGCUCAGAAGCUCAGAGAAAGAGGGAUCAAGUUGUACGCCAUCGGGAUCAAAGAUGCAGACGAGACCUUGCUGAGACAGAUCGCCAACAAGCCGUACGAUCAACACGUCUACAGCGUCUCGGACUUCGCGGCUCUGCAGGGAAUCUCUCAGAGUAUCAUUCAUGAAUUGUGUACUACUGUAGAGGUCUCAGUGACAACCAAAGACUGCAAUGAGACGGCUCAGGCGGAUGUAGUGGUCCUCGUGGACUCAUCCGGUAGCAUCGGCGAAAAACACUUUGCGGAAGUGAGAAAGUUCCUUCAUGCCGUUGUGGACAAAUUCAACCUUCGAGUGGACAAGGUAAGACUGGGACUCAUUCAGUUCAGUGACCAGCCGUACCCAGAGUUUCUCCUCGGUGACUACGUAGACAAGAAAGACCUGCACCAAAAACUGGACAACCUCAUCUACCGGAAAGGAGGAACCAAUACCGGUCAGGCUCUCACUUUUGUUCAAGAGAAUUAUUUCAAACUGGCAAGGAAUAAUGUCCCUCGGAUCGCCAUAGUCAUCACCGACGGUGAAUCACGUGACUCCAUGGAGGAACCUGCUCAGAAGUUACGAAAUCAGGGAGUUUCCAUCUUUAUCAUCAAAGUGGGAAAGGGCAACAUCUCAAAACUGCGUGCCAUCGCUAACAGCCCGCAUGAGGAGUUCAUGUUCAGUAUCGACAGCUAUCAGGAACUGCAGGGUCUGCAAGAGAGUCUGCGCAACAAACUCUGCUUUACCAUCAGUGAACAGUUGAUGGGUUUUGUCCCCAAAUUUGCUGAUCUCUUCAUACUGGUUGAUAGUUUAGCAACUAAACAAGACUCAGUUUUAAUAAAGAAUUUUCUGCCGAGAUUGAUCAACCAGCUGAGCACCGGUAAGGAUUUCAAUCGCAUCGGCUUGGCUCAGUUCAGCGAAAACGUCACAGAAGAAUUCUUGCUCAAUACUGACAAGUCCAGAGCUGAGAUGGUGACCCACGCCCGGAACCUUCAGCUGAAGCCCACGGGUCAGCGCAAAAUUGGUAAUGCCAUUGAAUACGCUCGCAAACAUUUCCUCACCACUGCUUCGGGGAGCCGCGUCUCCGAUGGCUUUAAACAGUUCCUGUUAGUCGUCGCAGCGGGACAAUCAGACGACAAAACCGUCCAGGCAGCUCGCACCAUCAAAAAAGACGCAGUGACAGUUUUCGCAGUUGGUUUGCCUAAAUCUGAUCCGGAUGAGAUGGAGGAUAUCUCGAGUCGACGGAACAGCUUCCGGAUAACAAAUAGUAAUACAGCUGUUCAAGUGCAGCAGAAGAUCAAGAGCAGUAUUGAAAAGGCGUACGAACCUGUCGUCACAGAAGAAUGCAAGUUGGACGUAGUGGCAGAUGUUGCAUUUAUAGUCGAUCAGUCCAGCAGUAUCAGAUACAGAAGCUUCCAUCUUAUGCGAAACUUUCUGAACAACACCAUCAUAGGUCUGGAUGUGGGCAAAGGAAAAAUUAAGGUGGCGCUGAUCCUCUACAGCGACGUCCCUCGAGCUGACAUUUACUUUAACACUUAUGAGAACAAGGACGAUAUACUGCGCUACAUUCAAAGCAUCGCAUACGGCAGCGGCAAGACAAACACCGGAGCCGCUCUCACGUUUGCCAAAGAUAAGGUUUUCACCAAAGCGAGAGGCAGCAGAAGAGACCAGGGCGUUGAGCAGGUGGCCAUCGUCAUCACUGAUGGCAAAUCCACGGAUGAUGCGGCCAGCGCUGCGGCAGCGCUGCGGCGUUCUGGCGUCACUGUGUUUGCUCUCGGUAUAAAAGACACACAAGAAUCUGAAUUGAAAAAAAUCGCAUCGUACCCAGCCCGGAAGUUUGUGUUUAAUGUGGAGCACUUUGAUGGGCUUAAUUCACUGGCGAAGAUUUUACCCAGAACGCUGUGCAAUGCUGUCGCAGAUGCUGUGAUACCUGUGAGAUUAAACGCGGUAGAGGAAGGAUGCAAGCUAACAGCAGAAGCCGACAUCUACUUUCUUCUGGAUGAAUCUGGAAGUAUUUCCUACGAAGAUUUUGAUGAAAUGAAGAAAUUUAUUAUGGAAUUCCUCGAAGUGUUCGAGAUUGCGCCGGAUAAGGUGCGCAUUGGUGUUGUGAAGUUUGCGAGCCGAGCGAGCGUGUCUUUCCGAUUGAACAAGUACAGCACAAAAACUGCCGUCCAGCAGGCGGUGAAAGGUCUUAUCAUGGACGGAGGCGGCACCAGGACCGAUUUGGGAUUGCUGGAAAUGAUUCCGCUGUUCAAGGAUGCCGCACACACAAGAGAGAAGAAGGUUCGCGAGCUUUUGAUCGUCAUCACAGAUGGCAAGUCAGAAGACAGGGGGACGCCAGUGAAGGACCAUGCUGAGGUGCUGAGGAACAUGAACGUCACCAUUUACGCCAUAGGUGUGAAAGAUGCAUCUAUGUCUGAGCUGGAGGUAAUAUCCGGCAGCAAGAAAAGAACAUUUUAUGUUCAAAACUAUGAUUUCCUCAAGCACAUCAGGAAAGAAAUCCUUAAAGAAAUAUGUUCUGUUAAAGCAUGCGAAGGUCUUCUGGCAGAUGUCGUCUUUCUCAUCGAUGGCUCUGAAGGUACUGCCCCCGAGGACUUCAACAAGACCAAGGAUCUGUUGGAGUUUAUGGUCGAAAACUUUGCAAUCGGUCCAGACAAAGAGCGAGUUGCUGUUGUUCAGUACAGCACAAACACAAAAAAUGAGUUUUUAUUAGACGCUUUUGACGAUAGGAGAAAAAUAAUACAGGAGAUAAGAACUAUAAAACAGAUGAGUGGAAAAACAUACACUGGAAAAGCCCUCACAGAGGUUUCGCAGAUAUUUGACGUGUCGAGUGGGGGGCGGCCCAAAGCUUUGAAGUUCCUGAUAGUCCUUACGAAUGGAGUCAGUAAAGAUGAGGUAGGGACACCUGCUGAAGACCUCAGAGAGAACGGUAUUAACAUUUAUUCCAUUGGCAUCGGGCCUUUAAACCGGCUGGAGCUGCAUGCGAUUGCUGGGUCUCAAGAAAGAGUUUUUUUCGAAGGAGACUUUGAGUCUCUGGAUAAAUUAGGCAGCGAUGUCCUUCUGAAGAUCUGUAGCACGGAAUGCAAGAGACCUGAACUGAUGGAUGUCAUCUUUCUUCUGGAUGCCGCUGGUACUCCCAAUAAAAUUGGCUUCCUGGAAAUGAAAACCUUCAUGUCAAAUGUGGUCCGCAUGUCUGAAAUCGGAGAAAAGCGGGUGCGCUUUGGCUCGAUCGUCUACUCCAGCACCCCUGAUUCAGAGUUCACACUUAACCAAUACUACAAACAGGCCGAUGUUGAAAGAGCCGUCUCGAAUAUCAAAGCAUCGGGGGGAAGCAGAAACACGGCUCAGGCCCUGAGGUAUGCGUUGACCUACUUUAGCCAGGAUCACGGGGGACGACGUGCAAAAAAUGUCCCACAGGUGCUCUUUCUGAUCACAGAUGGACAGAUGGACGAUCCCACCGGUCUGGAGAAAUGGAAUGACUUACUGGCAAAUUCGGAAGUCAACCUCUUUGCUAUUGGUGCGGCAGGAGCCCAGGAGGCGGAGCUAAGAACAAUUGCAGAGGGAAGCAAAGGAAAAGUUCUCUAUGUGAACGACUAUCAAGGACUGACCGGACUUCAACAACAAAUCACGCGUGAGCUCUGCAAUCUCACUAAACCAGUUUGUGAGAAAGAGAUGGGAGACCUUGUAUUUCUUAUCGAUGGAUCAGAAUCUAUCAAGCCUCCAAGUUGGGUUGUAGUCAAACAAACAAUGUUUGGCAUCGUGAAAGAGCUCGAUAUUGCUCCAGACAAAUGGCAAGUGAGUGUCGCCCAAUUCAGCGAUAUUUUCCUGGACCACUUUUACUUGAACACCUACAGUAACUUAGCAGGUGUAAAUGCGGGUAUUGAAGAUAUCAAACAAAGAAAACAGGGUACGAGCACAUGGAUGGCCCUAAGACGUAUAAAGGAAUACUUCACCUCAAAGCAUGGAUCCAGAAUCGCUGAGGGAGUCUCGCAGAAUCUACUGCUCAUCACAGAUGGAGAGGCUAAUGAUGACAAGGACUUGGAAGCCUUGGCUGAUCUCAGAGCCAUGAAGAUUGAAAUCACUGUUAUUGGGGUUGGAAAAGAUAUAAGAAAAUCUGAGUUGCUCGAGAUAGCCGGAACACCCGAUCGGGUCUUGAUCGAGACCUUCGAAAGCCUUAAGCUGAAGACUACCAUAAAGAAAGUGUUGAGUUUGCUUUGCCGCCCCCAACAAUCCAUCGACCCAAGGGAUUGCAAUAUUGACAUUGGAAUCGGGUUUGACGUGUCCAGACGGGCGACCACACAGCCUCUGUUAAGACCUCAUGUUGAGCCGCUGGUCCGAGCAGCACUUGUCAGCGUCUCCGUGAUGCCGGAUCUGUGCUGCGUCACCGCCGACAAAAUCGACACUAAAAUAGGGUACAGGAUUGUUUCGGGUCAGGAUGACAGAGUUCUGGAGGAUUUUGACUUUGAGAAGUACAAUGAUGAUGUGGCCAGGAAGGUGCUGUUACUGCGACCCGCCGUUCCUCUGGCCUUCAAUACGUUCCUCUUGGAUUCCUUCAGAGAAAAGUUUGUCCGGUCCACUGCUAAAGUGAAGGUGUUGAUAGUCUUCACAGAUGGGUUGGACGACACUAUUGAGCGUUUGAUGGCGAGUUCGGAGAAACUCAAAAACAGUGGGGUCAGCUCGCUGUUGAUCGUGUCUUUGGAGGGAGUCGUUGAUUUUCACCACCUGGAGUUUGGCCGAGGAUUCGACUACACGCAGCCACUGUCCAUUAACAUGCUGAAUGUAGGCAACGCUCUGAUGAAACAGAUUGAAUCAGUUGCUCUUAGAGAAUGCUGUGAUGUUCCGUGUUCAUGCACUGGUAUAUCUGGACCACGAGGACCCCCUGGUCGCCCGGCUCAAAAGGGCCUCCCGGGUGAGAUGGGAUAUCCUGGAUUUCCUGGAGAUGAGGGUGUUAUGGGUGAGCGAGGACCGCCGGGGUUGAAUGGAACUCAGGGACACAACGGUUGCCCUGGCAACAGAGGAGUCAAGGGUCAGCGAGGCUACGCUGGAAAUAAAGGAGGAGAUGGGGAGGACGGUCUCGAUGGAGUGGAUGGAGAACAGGGCGACACAGGUCUACAAGGGCUUGCAGGACCUGAAGGAGAUCCAGGCAAUGCUGGUAUGAAGGGUUUAAAGGGCUCUACUGGACCCAAAGGACACAGUGGUGUGAGAGGAGAUCCCGGCUCACCAGGACUAGACAACAGAACUCCAGGUCUGAAGGGCGAGAGAGGAGGUGCGGGACUCACGGGUGCCGAGGGGCUUCCCGGACCCCCGGGUGACAAUGGAGAUAGCGGUGAUUCUGGUGCUCCUGGGAGAAGAGGCCCACCGGGACUUCCGGGUGUCACAUCAGAUGAAAGAGGUGACCCGGGCCAGCGAGGACCUCAGGGUUACACUGGACCAACAGGAGCAGAUGGUGGAAACGGGACCGCAGGAGACAGAGGUGAACCAGGUGUACCUGGAGUUCAGGGUCCGACCGGUCCGUCUGGAGAUCAAGGGUCUAAGGGAAGGACAGGACGCAGAGGGUCGAGGGGUGUGCCCGGUGAUAUGGGGAUCAAAGGAGAUCCGGGGCCUGACGGAUUCAAAGGACCUCCGGGUCAGGAUGGAAUAGAUGGAUUUGGACCGGCUGGACCCAAAGGGAACAAGGGAAAGCCAGGAUACAUCGGCGUCCCGGGUUUACAGGGUGAGGAUGGUGCCAAAGGAUCCGGCGCAAGUAAAGGACACAAAGGCUACCGAGGAAAACCUGGGAACGCUGGUGCUUCAGGUGUUCCAGGUGAUCCCGGGGAAAGAGGAAUGGAUGGACACAGGGGCAAUAGAGGAUUGCCUGGAGCCAUUGUAAUGUCUGAAUGUGAACUGGUCGAGAACAUCCGCAACAACUGUGCUUGCUGUGCAGCUAAUGGAGGUCAGUGUCCAGCGUACCCCACAGAACUGGUGAUCGCUCUGGACAUGUCGGCCGGCAUCACCGCUCAGGUCUUCGAGCAGAUGCGAGCCGCCACCCUCUCCUUACUUGAGGACAUUUCCAUUGCUGAGACCACCUGUCCGUGGGGGGCUCGCGUGUCCGUGAUCUCCUACAGCAGCGAGUCCAAGUACCUGAUCCGCUUCUCAGAUCACCGUCAGAAGAAACUCCUGCUGGAGGCCGUGAGCAUGAUUCCUCUAAAGAGAACCACGAAAAUCAGAGAAAUGGGACAGGCCAUGCACUUCGUUGCGCGGAACGUCUUCAAACGCGUUCGAGAGGGACGGCUCAUGAGAAAAGUGGCCGUGUUCUUCACCAACGGGCUGUCAGAAGAUGCGUCCAGCAUUAAAACAGCCAUGCUGGAGUUCAAGGCUGCAGACAUCGGUCUGGGAGUCGUCGCCUUACAACCGGCCAAGGAUGUGCAGCUGGCUGUUCAGGUUGAUGACACCAGAAGCUUCAUCGUGGUUGAUGGAGAGGGAGUCAGUCGUAUUAAACAGUGCGUCAUUUGUUUCGACCGUUGUAACCCGAAUCCAGCCUGUGGCAUCAAUUUGAAUCCAGAACCCCUGCGGAUAGAUAUGGAUCUGUCUGUGUUAAUGGACGCCUCUGAUAACCUGAGCCCUCAACAGCAUCUCACCGUGAAGGAACUCACACUUUCUCUGUUGGAUUCUGUUGAUGUGAGCAGCGAGCCGAACGUCGCCGAUGGCAAAACCAGAGUGUCCGUCUACCAACAGAGCUCCUCAUACGGCUCCUCUUAUAUCCACGAAGAGUUCGGCUUCACUGCAUUUAAAAAUAGCAGCGUGAUGAAGAGACUCAUAACAGAUACGGUGAAGCAAGUGGGCGGGGCAUCCCGUGUCGAGUUCGCUUUAGAAUGGAUGAUCACAAACGUUCUCCUGAAAGCCGAGAGACCACGGAAGAACCAAAUGAUCGUGGCCGUUUUUGGCCAAGAGCACUUGGACAAAGCUCAGCUUGACUAUGUGUCUAAACUGUGUAAGUGUCAGAAUGUUGUUUUAUUUAUCGUCAUGGCGGGACAGACAUUCGACUGGAGACAGAUGGAGAAGCUGACCAGCGUUCCUCUGGAGCAAAGGCUUGUGUUCCUGGGAUCUGCCAGACAGAGAGAUCGAGAGUAUGCCGGACGCUUCAUCAAAGCCUUUCUACACCUGCUGAACAGAGAGCCCAUUCCUCGAUCUGAUGCUCCGGCCCGUGAAUGUGAUGCUUUUCAGCCGAGAACCGUAGAGUUUGGACAAUCCAUGGAGAGAGACGUCAUACCCAUCCUUCCCCAAACAGAAGUAGCUCAAGAGGAAGAUGAAGACGAUUAUACAUACACCGAAUCGUUUGUAAACGACUACACGUUUACAGAAGAGCACACAGAGGAACACAAAGAGGACCCAGUUGAGCCUCACGAGAUCAAACAAGCACAAUGUUUUCUAAAGAGAGAUACGGGUUUGGCUUGUGCAUCGUAUGAGCUCAGAUGGCACUAUGACCUGAAAACCGGAAGUUGCCUGCAAUUCUGGUACGGUGGUUGUGGUGGAAAUGAAAACAGGUUUUUGACGGAGGCAGAGUGUUUCAGCGAGUGUGGAUCCAUAGAAUCGGAAAAUCACCCACAGGAUGAUCCCAAUCCAAACGAGGACGUUUGCCAGCUUGAUUAUGAUGCGGGAAGAUGCUCGGAGUAUUCUGUGAAGUGGUACUUCAACAUCCACAGCGGUGAAUGCCUUCGCUUCUGGUACAGCGGCUGCGAAGGGAACGGCAACAGAUUUAAUACUCGCCAGGACUGUGAGAUGGGCUGUCUAAAGUCCAGAGAAGCAUCUGCUGACACGUCUAAGCUCUGAUAUUUAAUGAAUGGAAUGCAUUGGACAGCGUCCUGAUUCAUAUUGACGUCUUAGGGAAGAUGGUGUAUUUAAAUGAUGAUUUUUUAUCAAAGGCACGAAUGUUUGUUUGAUUAUUAAUGUAUUACCUGCUAGCAGAAUUCUUGAAAAAGUCAAUAUGGUGCAACAAAGCAGAACCAUUUUCAGUUCCUCAAAGGAACAGUCAAAGGUUCCUUAAAGAACCGGUCCAUUCUUUCCUUUUUAUAGUCUAAGGACCCUAAUAACUACCUAAUAACUUUUUGUGAACAGGAGUUCAUUCCAGAAACUAUACAGCCAAAAUGUUUUUAUGACAUCAUUUUUAAGUGUAAACAAAACAGAAUUAUUCGGCCAACCUGGCGUUAUCACAGCAAAUUCUUGUCACUGGUUCUGCGAGUGCUUUUAAACUCUCAGGUGUGCUUUAAACUUAAACUAUCCAGAAUGACUUAGAACCAGUGGCCAUAUUAGUCAACGUUUGCCAUCUCUGUGUGCAGUUCACUGUAUUUCAGUCAAACAAACUCAAAAAAAUGUAUCUUUAGCCUAUAAUGCUACUUUGGUUACAUUGAUGUUAGUGAAAUUCUUAUUUGUAUCUCGUUUGUAAAACUUGAACUCCCUUGGUUUUGGGUUGGCCAUUGUGUUUUCUUUUUGAGGAAUAAAAACCCUUUGGUAAAGAAAAAGUGGACUUCUGAUGUACUGUAUACUUUGUGUAUCAUACACACAA